UGGCUAAAUGCUCACUCAGAUCCGGUUGCUUCUCUGUAUACUUUUACCAAUUGUAUGGCUCUCGCUGACUUAAACGGAGAUGGAGACCAUAAGUUAAUUGUUGCUGAUCUUGGAACUGGUGUUUAUGACAUGAAACUUAAAGUAUGGAAAGGCACAUCACUUGUUUCAGAGACAACUAUUAUUGAUUUACCAACUGGCGUUUGUACAUUUCAUAUGGAUGCUACUGAACCACGAGUUCCUGCCGUUGGAGUUGCAUCUGGUCCAUUUAUUUACGUUUAUAAGAACUUGAAGCCGUUUUUUAAAUUUACCUUGCCUCCUUUAGAGGUUAACAAAUUAGAGCAAGAAUUAUGGGAACAAGCCAGAGAGGAGAAAAUAGACGCUUUAACACUGAAAAAGAGCUUAGAACGAUUAAAGGAUGAUUCGCGAACUCCGCUAACCAUACGCAGUCUUCGAUAUGUCUUAUUGGAGCAAAGCGACCUUGAAGCCUUUCUUCGCGUUCAUAAACAUACCCCUUUGAAACGACAGACUGUUAUUACGGCAAUAGCAGCAUUGAAGAAAAGCCAUGCUGAUGACGAUGCUAUCAGUUGUUUAGUCGUUGGAACGGAAAGUCAAGAUGUUUAUGUUCUUGAUUCUGAAGCGUAUACAGUCUUAGCUAAGAUGACUUUACCAAGUGUUCCAGUUUUCCUAUCCGUAUCUGGUCUCUUCGACGUAGAAUAUCGAAUCGUUGUUGCAUGUCGAAAUGGGAAUCUAUAUACCUUGAAAAGAGGUGCUAAACAUCCAGGAAAAAGUUGUAUUGAAUUAAAGUCUCAGCCUGUUGGCAUAGAACGAAUUGGUAAAAAUAUCAUCGUGGGAUGCAUGGAUCAAACCUUAAAUUGUUUCACGACAAAGGGCAAGAGAAUUUGGUCACUUGACAUGCCUGAUACAAUUAAUACCCUAGAAUUACUAUCUUAUAAAGCAAGGGGAAUUAAAGCCGUCUUGGUAGCGUUAAAUAAUGGAGAAACAAGAAUUUAUCGCGAUAAAUUUUUAGUGAACGUUAUUAAAACCCAGGAUCCAGUCACGGGUUUAAAAUUCGGCCGAUUUGGUCGAGAAGAUUGCUCACUAAUAUUAGUUACCAAAGCUGGUGGAUUAUCUGUUAGGAUUCUGAAAAGGAAUACUACGUUUGAGACUAAGGAUACCCAACAACUUGUCGGUGCUCCAUCUGGCCAAAAUCUUAAACUUAACGUUCCGAGAAAGACAAAACUGUUUGUCGAUCAAAUGCAAAGAGAACGUGAGAACUAUGUUUCAAUGCACAGAACUUUUCAGCAUGAUCUAUAUCGGCUGCGUUUGGAAUCAGCACGUUCCUACGUUAGAGCCCUUACCACAAGUUUGAAUCCAGUAUCAGCAUUAUUGCAAGAUCCUCUAAAGUUAUCAGCCACGGUUCAAGGAAUUGGCCCAGUUUUUAAAUUAACAAUCAACUUGCAAAAUACAUCAGCAAAUAACCCAUCAUUUGAUUUAUUAAUGACUUCCCAAUACGAUGAUGCUCUUUAUAAAUUGGAUAGAACUUACAUUCAGAUACCCAUGAUCGUGCCGGGAUUAAGUUAUAAUUUUGAAAUUAUGGUUGAAUGUUUAAGUGAUAAAGGCAUUUCAGAUAAUAUCAAGGUCUUUGUACUCCACAAAGGAAAGAGUUCACCGAUUAUUACUGCAGUUAUUAGCAUGCCUAUAAGUGAAGGAGCUAUUUUGCCAUAA